AUGUUCCUCCGGACCGCCGCGCGAAGCUGCGGAACUCUGACCGCCCUGCGCUGCGGAACUCUGACCGCCCUGCGCUGCCUUCCCGCCGGCUACGCCUCCUCCAGAGGAGCCGCUGCCUACAUCCAGGGCCAGAGCCCCGAACCUCGAAUCCGGGAGUACUUCUACUACCUGGACCAUCAAGGACAGCUUUUCCUCGAUGACACUAAAGUGAAAAACUUUGUCACCUGCUUCAAAGACAAACACUUCCUGGUUUUCUUCUUCAGCCGCCUGCGCUCCAAUCAGAGCGGGCGUUACGAGGACUUCCCCUUCCUGUCUCUGUGCGGCAGAGAGAGGAACUUCCUGCGCUGUGACGACAGACCCGUGGUCUUCACCCACCUGCUGCAGAGCCCCGCGGGCCCCCAGGGGCUCACCGGAGAACAGGAGCUGCUGUCGUACUGCGGCGGCGCGGAGAUGCUCGCCGUGCCUUUCCGACCGGAGGCGCUGUUCAUGCAUCCCGCCAGCGGCCGGGUCUAUCACCCCUGCCCGGAGAUCUCCGGGGGGGUCGGCCUGGUCCGGUCGGCUCUGGCCAUCGAGCUCAGUUCCUUCUUCGUUUACCCACCAGAGAGCAGCCAGGCAGGACAGCCCACACAUUUUGUCUGGAGAGGAGAGACGCUGGCACUGACCAAUGAGCUGGCUCGAUGCUUCCAUACAGCAGAGGGCGGCGGGCAGCAGGGAGAGCUGGGGUGAAAAGGCAGAAAUAAGAAAUAUUCUGAAAUAUGGUUUUUAUUUAAUUCACGUCACUUUACUGGUCUGGAGAUGGUUAACAACAGACGGGCAGAACAGGACAAAAUGAAAUGUUUUAAACAAAUCAGACCUUUAGUUUCUGGUUGGAGAGCGAACCCACAACGAUGAUCUUUUGUUUAAAAAUAAACCUACUAGCUCUGGAGGAGUUUUAGAAAUGCUUGAAAGUAUAAAUAUUAGUAAUGACAUUUAUUGAUCCUGCUUGUGGUAAUUUGAGGAUUGUACCUGGAAGAGGCUGAUGGAGUUUGCUUAAAACGUAUAAAUAUAAUUUUGUUUACAGUGCCUUGUGAAAGUAUUCGGCCCCCUUGAAC